AUGGCCAAAAAUGAGCAGUACUUAACCUACUGUCAUCUUUUCUCCAGCAGCACAAUCAGCUUGACCCUCAACAGUCUGGCUUCUGCACCGUCCAAGAUCUCUCUAGCCAUUCUCAUGGGAACACUGACCUACUGCUUCAUUGUGGCUGGCAACAUGACCCUGAUCCUCAGCAUCACCCUGAACAGAAGUCUGCACAAGCCCAUGUACCUGAUGCUCCUCAACCUGCCGGUCAACGACCUCAUGGGGGCCAGUGCAUUCUUCCCCCAGCUCAUCAGUAGCAUCGCCCUGGAUGACCGCUCCAUCUCCUCUGCUGCCUGCUUCCUCCAGGGGCUCUUGGUGCACCUGUAUGGGGGCGGGAAUUUCAUCAUCCUCUCCGGCAUGGCGUAUGACCGCUUCCUGGCCAUCUGUCGCCCGCUCAGCUACAGCACCUUGAUGAGCAACGCCUAUGUCCUGAAGAUUGUCGUUGCAAUGUGGCUGACUGACCUGGUCCUCAUCUCUGCCCUCUUCAGCCUGCUCUCCAGGUUGUGGUUCUGCAAGACCAGCAUCAAUGCAAUGAUCUGCAAUAACCCCAGCCUAGUCAAUCUGAUUUGCGGGGACACCAGAAUCAACAACUAUUAUGGCCUCUUCCUCUCUUCUCUUAUGAAUGGCAUAUCUCUGAUCGCUGUGAUCUUCACCUAUGUCCAUAUCCUGGUGGCCUGCCUCACCAACAAGCAGUCAGACACCAGGAGCAAGGCCCUGCGCACCUGUGGCACUCACCUGACAGUCUUUCUUGUGUUCCAGGUCUUCACCUUGUUAACUGUGCUCUCAUUCAGGUUCCGCCAGGUAUCCCCGUACCUUAUGAGAUCCAUUGGGACCUCAACAGUAGUGUUUCCCCCCAUCCUCAACCCCCUGAUAUAUGGAUUAAACACCAAAGAGAUUAGAAGUAUAGUGAUACAUUUUUUCAGAAAGAAAAAGGUUACCAGAUUUGAUGGAUGA